CAUUUCAUCAACAAUUUUCUCCAUCUUCAUCAUAUCAUAAACAAAAACAGUCGAUAACAUUCCUACAUACAAAAAUGGAACAAAAUCUACCGGUUUUGCCCAAGAAAGUUUGGAAUCUGGUUCGUGUGGUUUACUUCAUGCUGCGAAAAGGCAUAUCCAAGAGAAAGUUGUUGCUGGACCUCAACAUGAUGAUAAAGCGUGGGAAGAUCGCCGGAAAAGCCUUACAGAACCUUAUGUUCCACCACCAUAACAACCGGGCAUCUUUCACCACCAACCACCGAUCCCACGACGUCUCUUUCCCUUCAACUCCGCUAGGUGAAUAUGAGUUCAGCUGCAGCAACAGCCCUGCGCUCACUAGUAACCACCCUUUCUCUCUAUUUUCAUUCCACAAGAAACAUCACUCCAACAGCAAACCAUCGAAGGAUCAUCUUGAUAUGAUGGCUGUUAACGCUGUGUUUAAAGCCAUGGAGAUGAUUCACAGCGACAAUUCCUCACCGGCGCUUCCAGGGUUUGGGAGUACACCGAUGGUUAGGCAGCUGAGGGUAACCGACUCUCCGUUUCCGUUAAGUAGUGUGGACGAGGACAACCAGGUGAAUGACGCGGCUGAGCAGUUCAUUAGCCGGUUCUACCAUGACUUGCGGGUGCAGAAUACGAAUGCGUCGUUUGGAUCAUCGUGAAUUAACAGAUACCUUAGGGUUUUUUUUAAUCAAUUGUUGUGCAAUAUUAUACAGCUUAUUAGUGAAUUUUCGGUAGGACUUCAACUUGUAAAAGUUAAUUGUAAAUGAUUGUGGGAUAUUCAUGGGAUGCGACUGUGAACAUUUGAAAGCUGUUUGCAUUUAUAUGUACACUCUUCGUUAAAUUGGACAAUUGGUCCAUAUGGUUUAUAAAAGAAGUACGAUUCGAGUCCAA